CAACCAUUUCCGCUUCUAAGUACUUUAAGCCAUAUUACCAUAUUUUUAACACAUAGAAAGGGGGAUAUUUCGUGUGUAUUUACCAUUAAUAUUACAAACAACUAAUAGUAAAAAUUAGAUAAAUUAUGGGAAGUACACCUUAUCUGAAACCAAAACACUCUCGUCCAUUGAUACAUGCAAAAUAAUUAUCGGAGCAGCACAGAAAAGCCCAUGACUUCAGCACUUACACAGCUAUCGUCAUAUCAUCAACAAACUGGUUUCGACGGCUCCCGUGAUAAUACCCUUAACCACGACAUGAAGCCGCCAGUCUGUUAAUCGCAACCCAUUCGGAAUGUUCGAAGCGCAUCAGAAUCUAUCUCUCCUGCUGGUGAUUCUCCUCUCAGUGGCGUUCGCCAGUUGCUUUGGAUCAUCGAACGCGACGAGCUGUGGACACAGGUGUGGAGGAGGCGACUGCAUCCGACUGGACCAGCUGUGCGAUGGCACCGCCAACUGCCUAGAUGCUUCCGACGAAACGGCCGCCAUGUGCGAUAAGGUCUGGUGUCCGGGCUACGGAUUCCGCUGCAAAUACGGAGCGUGCAUAGCCAGCACUGCGGUUUGCGACGGAGUGAACGACUGUGUCGACGGAUCGGACGAGGAGGGGUGGUUGUGCCGGGCCCAAAUGCAGCAGGCCAACUGCGACAACUGGGAGAUGUACUGCACCUCCGGUCAGUGCAUGCCCUACUCCAAGCUAUGCGACGGUGUCCGGGAUUGCCGGGACGGCGAUGAUGAGCUUGAGUCCCUUUGCAAAGGGGUGGUCAUACCAACUACAACUCUCAGAUCCACAACUACAGAAAAGAAUAUCAUUAAGAUGACUCCCACAAUGGCCACUAGGAGGACUCCGCGACCGAAUCCCAUCCAGGAUAAAGGGGGAUGCGUGAUUCCCCAGUUGCCAAAUGUGAUAGUUAAGCACUUUACCGAUGCGAUCCUUCCCGCAGGAUCCAGAGUUUCCAAUGGCACUCGCAUCACCUACGAUUGCCCGGCGGAACACUCACUUAAAGGAGAGCACCAGAAUAUUUGCCAAGACUCGUUGUGGAUUGAAAAGUUUCCCUACUGUGAAACACCCGCAGCCUUUAUCUUUAGUCUGGUGAUAUCAAUAUUCGCUUUCCUGAUCGUAAUACUUGUAUUCCUAAUUUGGCGGGUUCGACGGGACAACGGAAACAGAAGGCAACGUGAGGAGCACAUUUGGCUAGUGGAGACCAGCAGAAAUCCUCCCCAGCAAUCUGACAUACCAAAAGUCUAAUGAGUUAAUUCAUUAAGUAAAAACACUUGAUGCUCUGAAUAUUAAAUGCUUCAAGUUUUUGAAUUGUAACCGUUUUAGUGUUUGCAAAGUCUGCCGAAUCAGUGAUGAAAAGCGCUUAACAUUUUAAAAUCUUUAAAAUUUAAAGUAACAUAACAUUUAUUAAGAUAGGUAAUUGUUGCCCCUAUUUAUUAUUUAUAAUUAUAAGUUU